AUGUACAAACAAGCGCUGAUAUUCGCUGCGAUCUUCACCAUUUCUCACUGUGAAGAGAAGCCAUACAAAACACAUCAUUAUGUAGACCCAUUCGCUCUGCUGGAUCGGCAUCUAUCACACAGCCUCACCUACCUCUGGCCCUGGAGUCAUCUGAUCAGAGCGGCUGCAGCAUUGGAGCUAGAGGAUACGCUAGAAGAUCCACAAAUUAUUUCCGAUUCGGAACAAUAUCUCGUUAGACUCAGUGUUCGUACUUACAAGCCGGAUGAAUUGAAAAUUAAAGUGAAAAACCGCUACAUGAUCGUCGAAGGCAAACAUAAAUUGAAAAAUGAAGACGACAAACGAUACAUUGCAAACCACUUCAUGCAGCGGUUUAUCUUACCACCUGGCACGAGACAAGAGGAGCUAAAAGCAGUUCUAAACGAAAAAGGGAUUCUUUCAAUCUCCGCUCCAAAACAUGAGCUACCACCGCCGCCACCUGAGCGAGAGGUUCCAAUCGAAGUUAUUGAAAGUGAAACAUCAACUGAGAAAGUAGACAAGGAAACAUCACCAACACCACUAGAACUAGAAGUAGAAGCAACAACGCACGUUGGUAAAAUAAGAAAGAAGGAAUUAAAAACAACAACGAAGAUUGUUAAAGAUAACGAAGUGACCAAAGGCGGGGAUGGAAACGGCAUCGAUUAUGCAUUAAUUGAGCCUGAGGAAUGA